GCGUCACAACAUUCAAGGUCCAACACCCCAACGCCCCGACGACGACCCCCCAGGACUGCCCUUUUGCCUUUGGCGUUGAUAUACACGACUGAAUUGCUUCGAGACGACAUGCUCAGCUAACCUAGACGACACUUGACCUUUACCCGGAACGCGACUGCCAGCACCGCGACGCGCCCAACCACCCGCACUUACUUCUAUCUUUCACACUUUCGCCAUGGCUGCCCGCACAAAGGCACCCACUGUAGGGUCCGCUGGAUGGAUCCUCGAGGAGCGCCAUCAAUCCAACACGCUUGUAUCCCAGGAAUUGGAGGAUUUUGGCUUCUCUGUGCGCAAUGAGCUGGAAUGGCUCAACGAGCAUAUGUUCGACAUUUUGGCCAGCGAUAGACCACACAACCUCGAUGUCUUCAAGACGCCCGGCAAAUUACGCGGCAAGACGCCUCGCACCGCGCGAAAGAAGGCGGUCGAUCGCCAGCCUCUUGCCAGCAUAAAGUCUGCCAACGCGCAGAAACGCACAAGCGCCGCCGAAGAGAGUCUACGAAAUGUCAAGGCUAGAUUCCAGAUCGCCGAAGACGCAGAGAACACGGUUCGACAAUCGCCUACCGUCGCCCGCACGCCCAUCGCGCGACAGCUGUUUACUAAGCCCGAGAGCGCCGGCAAGGAGAAUGUCGACACUAGCUUCCAAGCGAAUGUAUUCGAGAAGCGCCCAGCACAGCCUCUUGCACCAGCAUGGAACCCUGUCCAGUCCUCGCAAGAGACAGUAAUGACUUCAGAAGCCAGCGAGGUCUUCUCACCGCCACAGAGCUUCUCAACACAACCCACACAGCCCACUCAAUCCUUCCGUCAUUCGAUACACGAUAAGGAAGAAGACCGCGACACAGGCGAUUCUUUCGUCUCAGCGAACGAGGCUUUCGCGAGCAAGAAUGCCUCGCGAGAAGCUUCGCGCGCGAAGGAUGCGGACGCGGAUGCGAUGGAAGUGGAUGACGAAUACAAGGCUGACCGCUCGCGAUCUGAUGCCGACGGUACCAUGAUUCACCAUGACCUUUCUGACGCGGAAGAUCACAGCAUGGAGGAUAUGGAGGACUUCCCGGAGCCACCACGCAUGGUGUCGGAGCAGUACAGUAUUUCUGCAGAGACGCACGACGCGCUUGACAGCGCGAACCACCGCACUCUGGCGCCUGAGCCGAAGAACAUCUACGCGCCCGACCAUUCAACAACGCCUUCAGGCCCGCCGCCUGCGUCGCCAGAAGUCGAACACAACGACACUCUCAUUCAUCACGAUAUCGACGAUCAAAUGGAUAUGGACGAUGAUGUGCGCUCACCCUCGGACAACUCCAGCCCCGUAAAGCCGCUUGUUAGGAAAAGCAGUCUUACCUUUGCCUCCCUUCCCGCACGCGAGCCGUUGCUCCCGAAGAAGAGCAUGGGCAACCGAGUGUCGCGCAUUAGUCACAUUGACCAGAGCAAAGCCCGCAACAGCCACAUGGGCAGAUUUACAGGAGGAAAGAGCCUGGGAGGCUCGCAGCUUGCGCAUCCUGCGGAGAUACAACACGCCGAUGACUCGGACGUGGAUAUGGAACGCCCGGAGCUUCAGCGAGAGGAGUCGGAGACAACGAAAGUUCACAACAAGACCUCCACCCAGCGUCUGUUUGAACGAAUCAACAUGCUCAAGCAGCAGAACGAAGCGCCGAAACGCAUUAGCCAAAACAUCACAUCUGCGCAGUCGCAGCCUCAGGAACCCACACAAGCAAAGGAAGAAGUCGCACCUGUACAGACUUCACAGCCGACGUACCCGAGUCUCCCAGCACCCGCACCCGCACAAGAGGACGACGACGAUGACGACUGGAUCUCGCCGGUUCGGACAGCAGCAGUCGCACCCAAGGUCGCCAGGCCUGCUUUUAACAAGAGCCAUACUGCUGACGUCCAGGCCUCUCCGGCUAGGCAUGUGCCGCCGAAGCUCACUUCAGUCUCAAAUCCGGAUCUCACAGCAGUUGCUGAAUCAACCACGCCGGUUGGCUCUCCGACUACAUUCCGCGCAGCGAAAGAGAAGCUCAUCGGAUCGAGUGCUACCAGCGCUCAGGUGAAGAUGGAUGCACUCAAGGAGAGCCCUGCCAGGCCCAAGUUUCCCUCUUCAGAUCCAUCAGAAGAUGCCCUAAGCAGCCCCAAGCGCGCAGAGAGACCGGCUACCAUCUUCACUCAUAUGCGCUCACCUUCCAAGGACUCUAUCAAGUCCGGUAAGAGUGCUACCAUGCCUGGUAGCCCACUCAAGGGAGACGGCCGACGGACUCGCAGCUCCACGGAACGCGAGAAGCAGAAAGAGAAGGAUGCGAGAGAGAAGGAAAUGAGAGAGACUAAGCAACAACAGCGUGCUGAGGACAAGCUCAGGCAGAUGCGUGAAAAGGAACAAAGCAAGGCUGCUGCACAUGCCCAGAAGGCCAGAGCUAUGGGCGCAAAGACACCGACCGCUAUGUCGUCGCAAUCAAGCCUUAGGCAACCUACUGCAUCGGCUGCGAGCAAGACACCAGCACAAGCAGCACCACAACAGCCCGUGUCUCGACCUGGUAUCCCUCGAUCAAAUACUGCUUCAUCCAGAGAGCAAGAUGUGGACUCCGGCGACGAAAUGCCACCCCCACCACCUCCAAAGAGCCUGCUGCCUACCACUAAGACAUCGAAGGCACCUCUUCGGGAGCCUAGGAAACUUGCCAAACCAUCAAGCAAGGACGCUAUUACAAAGGCGAAGGCACCCCAGAAGAUUAUGGUCAACCUCAAGAGCAGCCAGUACGGACAAGCACCUCCCCCUGCUGCUCGUCCGGCUCCGUCGUCUAGCAAACCUCUCCCGUCGGCCCCUCAGAACCUGGGGAAGUCUGUAGGACCUUCGUCAAGACCUCCUACAGCCGCAGCAAACCGCCCUGCCUCAGCUCUGUCUACUAAGUCUGCACCCGGAACCAAGUCCGCACGGCCUAUCUCUAAGCCUCCCGCACCUCAAGCCGCCCGCCCGCAAUCUGUUGUUGAGAAGCCCAAGGCUUCAACGUCUCAACCACCGCGCUCUGAUCUUGGAGCUGCUCGACCUAUAUCCCGCCUGCAGACGGUUCAGGAUGCGAACCGCAUCAACAUUCCUCCUGUUAACCCUGCAAAGCCUCCGCCCAAGCGACAGUUCCCAGGCGAGAGCGAUGAGACCCUCCAUCGCCCGGCCAAAAGACCUUCGCAACAGGCGAAGAACCUCAACCCGACUACUCCGGCGCAUGCUCAGUUUGCGAAGGGCAAGAUUCCAUUCGCCGAGUCCGCGUACCAACCCCAAUCUCAGGCACCCACAAUACAGUACCCCAACGGAGACGACAUCAAGCUGCCUGAGAUCAUGACCGACUCGGAAGACGAAGACUCCGAGAACGAGUUCGAGCAGCCUAGUUGGGUUAACACCCCCAACCUCCGCGAGAUGCUAAGCAAUCAACAGCUCAUGGACCCCGAGCACAUCUUCGGACCCAUUGCUCCUUUGGAGAUGGAAAAGGUCUUCCCCAACAAAGAGCGCCACAAGCGUUUCCGCGAGCGUACCAGCAGCGCCUACUGGGCCAACGAUGAAGUCACAGCCGAAGAGAAGCGCAAGGAGCGCGAGGCAAGAGAACGCCUCGUCCGCGAUGGUGGUUGGACAUACAACCCCUCGCCUCUUCCCAAACAAUCCGGCUCAUCCCGUUAAGACCAUCACGACGGCAUAUUUGGGGUGUUAUUACAUUCUUCACCCCUGGUACAUGCUUCCAUCCAUAACGAGCAUGUUGAGGCGUAAACUUGUGUAUUGUGUAAAUAUUAUAUCGGGCGUAGCAUCACGACCGCAUGAAGCGCAUGAAGAGGCAGAGCGAGUGUGCUUCAAAGGGUUAUUGUCAUUGUUUUUAUAAGGUGUUUUGAAGGAUGGUAUGGACGAGCUUCGGCCCCGAUUGAGUGGCUGGCUAUGAUUGCUUCGUGUUUUGAAUGGCGGUUUUUGUCUUCCUUACUUUCUUCUGAGAUAAUCUUUUGUGUAGUGAUGGUCAAUGAUGAGACUAUUGUCAUGUUCAUAUUU